AUGGCCUUGAAUUUUAGUGACGAAUUUGCGCAACGGGCCUCGAAGCUCUUCCCUUCUGUGUUUAGUUGGAACGAGGCUUUGGUCAUUGCCUCCCUUUUAGCAACCUCCUUCAUCUUCAUUCACCAUCGCUCACAGCGGCCAAGCCUUUCUGCGGGACCCAAGCUUAACGGGGAACCAAGGAACGCAGAUGGUCGCAAACAAGAGAGACGGGGACUCGGCGAUGUGCGAUUGACAAAGAUCCUCGUUCAUCCCAUCAAGAGCUGCCGAGGGACCUCUGUGCAGAGCGCAAAGUUCACCGCCGAAGGAAUUGAAAACGAUAGGAAAUGGUGUUUCAUAGACGCAACGACGCACAAAGUCCUCACCGCACGUGAAUUACCGACGAUGGUGUUGAUAUACCCCACCAUUGAAGAGGACGACACAGAUCCUCAUGGAGGGAGGCUGGUUAUCACGAUCCCAGCCGCAAACUCGGGCGAGUUUGAACCAAUUACAUUAACGGUGCCCCUUCGUCCUACUGAGGACGUACUGAGUACAUGGGCUAUCGUGGACGACAUUGUACUUUGGUCGCACACCGGAAUCGAUGGCUAUAUAGUCCAGUGCCUACCCUCUACCUCCGCGUCCGUCCCGACACCGAAUCCUUCUGAAGUUCUUUCUCGAUUCUUCUCCCGUGAAGUUCGCCUCGUUUACAAAGGCCCACGUCCGCGUAUAUGCUUCCCGACUGAUGCCUUUCCCAAGCUGGAGGCAAGCGUGGUAUAUCAGGACAGUUACCCACUCCUCGUCAUGGGCCAGGAGAACAUGGAUGAACUCAAUGUAUGGAUACAAGAGAUGAUCACCGAAGGAAAGGCUACUGGACGCGAACUCAUCGGGGAGGAGUGGCGGAACGGAAUCGUCACUGUUGAGAGAUUUCGUCCUAAUCUUGUCUUCACGGGUGCGGGUGCCUAUGCCGAGGACCACUGGGAAGAAAUCGCAAUUGGCCAUACGAAAGAAGAGGCCCAAGACCCAGACACGCCCGGCAUCUCUUUGGUAGCUAAAUGUCAACGGUGUUUGCUUCCCAAUGUGUCCCCGGAAACUGGUAUUCGGGACAAAGCUGUUCCCUUCAAAGUCAUGAUGAAGCAUCGGAUAGGAGUAGAUCCGCUGGCCAAGCUCAAGCCGUGUAUGGGAGUGAAUGGAGCCCCGAAAGGCAGCGGUGUUUAUAAGGUGGGAGAUUGGGUGGAUGUAAGGAGAUUCGUAGGUGACAACAUCUGA